AUGUAAAAUAACAUAUUUGAGCCAGCCACAACGGAUCUCAACACAAUUCAGAAAUUUCAAUUACACUCCAAAUUUCUAUCCAAAAAUAAUGUUCCUGUCGAAAUUAUGUCCUAUCAAAAUCUAUUAUUUAAAAAGUCUCAAAAAUCAUUUAAAAUGACAAAACUUAAUUGCACUUUGAGAUAUUAAAUCAAACAUGAAUCCACUUCCAUUAUUUUAAGAUUAGAAAAAGAUGAUUGCAAAUUCAAAGAAUAUUUAUUUCUAGAUAAGUCUGAACCUUGGGAAUUAAAAUUAAAAUCCUAAAUUCCCCAAUUGGAUUAUUAAACCUAUUAUGAACUUGAGAAAUUGAUAGGAAGUGGAAGUUUUGCUUCCGUUUACAUGGCUAAACGCAAAGCUGAUGGUAUUAAAUUAGCCAUCAAAGCCUUUCUUAAGAAAAUGCUUAUCCAGAAAGAUCCUGAUAAAUGGAGAGAAACCAUUGAUAAUGAAAUGAAGGUCAUGAAAUCCUUAGAUCACACCAGUAUAUUAAAAUGCUACGAUCACUUUGAAAACAGAGCUCAAUGCUACAUCGUAAUGGAUUUGGCAAGAGGAGGAACUCUGGAACAAGGAUUAAAGAAGUUGGAAGAGCCUUUGCCUUUCCUGACUGCCAAAGUGAUAUUCAGAUAAAUAGUUGAAGCAAUCAAACAUAUGCAUGAACGAGGAUACAUGCAUCGAGAUCUAAAGCCAAGCAAUAUCCUCCUUAAGAGACCCAUGGUAUUGAAGUAAUUUUCAUUGAUUGCAUAAACUGAUCCUAAUAUAGUAGUCAGUGACUUUGGAGUAAGUUCAGAAAUUAAGAAAGAUAUGGAUAUUGGAAAAUACUGUGGAUCUCCAGGUUUCAUGGCUCCUGAAGUAAUUCUCUGUGAAACUAACAAAAAUUUAACUUAUGAUGAGAAAUGUGAUAUCUUUAGUUUGGGAUGCAUUUUAUAUAGAUUAAUCACAAAUAAACCAUUAUUUAAUGGGUAAAAUUCAUUAGCCAUGAAAUAGUAGAAUAAAGAAUGUAAUCUAGAUUGGACUAAGAUUCACGAAGAACUAUAUUAGAAUUAAGCCUUGACCAAUUUAUUAAGCAAAAUGUUAUCCCAAGAUCCCAGACAGAGACCAUCAUGCGAAGAAAUAUUAAAUAGCAAGAUCUUAUAAGUCUAGUUGGAUAAUGAUGGCUGUCCAUUAUUUAUCAAUUACAAGAAACCUAAGUCUUCCUCUAUAUAGUAAAUAAAGACUGCCAGGCCAUCGAUUAAAUCAAUUAGCAACUCUAAAUUACCAUAGUUAUCACCUAAUCAUUUUACUUUUAAUAAUCAUAACAAUAAUAACCAUAACAAUAAUCAUACUAACAAAAGAUCAGGCAAUUUUUUAUUACCACCUAUUAAUAGUAGAUUAUAGACUGAAUAAAGCUAAUAUUGA